AGAGCAUUGAGGAAUCACCGAGAAUUGCCCCGAGCUUUUCCUUUAAUGUCCUUAAUUGAAUUGUAUAUAUGAGGAUGGGAAUUUGGGAAUAUACUCUUUAUUUCGCUACCAUAACAUGCGUAUGGAGAGUGUCACAACAGGGAGAACAUCAGAGAAGACUCUACAGUGACCUGAUGAAAUAUUAUAAUCCGCUGGAGCGACCCGUGUUUAAUGACACACACUCUCUCACUGUGUAUUUCAGCUUCAGUCUCAUGCAGAUUAUGGAUGUGGAUGAGAAGAAUCAAGUUCUUACAACCAACAUCUGGUUACAGCUGUACUGGAAUGAUCAUUAUCUUCGGUGGAAUACCUCUGAAUAUCCCGGUGUGACGAAUGUACGAUUCCCUGACAGCCAGAUUUGGAAGCCUGACAUCUUACUUUAUAACAGUGCUGAUGAAAGGUUUGAUGCCACCUUUCACACAAAUGUCCUGGUGAACUCCUCAGGUGCCUGCCAGUAUCUGCCACCAGGGAUAUUUAAGAGCACCUGCCACAUUGAUGUCCGCUGGUUCCCCUUUGAUAGUCAGAGAUGUGAUUUAAAGUUUGGUUCAUGGACGUAUGGUGGAUGGUCUCUGGAUCUACAGAUGAUUGAGGCUGAUAUAACAGGAUAUAUUGCUAAUGGAGAGUGGGACCUUGUGGGGGUUCCAGGUCGCAGGAAUGAGAAAUUCUAUGACUGCUGUAAGGAGCCGUACCCUGAUGUGACAUUCACAGUGGUCAUGCGCAGACGGACGCUGUAUUACGGUCUGAAUCUGCUCAUUCCCUGCGUGCUUAUCUCAACUCUGGCUCUGCUGGUCUUCCUGUUGCCUGCUGACUCAGGAGAGAAAAUCUCUCUUGGGAUCACAGUCCUGCUUUCGCUGACAGUUUUCAUGCUUCUGGUAGCAGAAAUAAUGCCGGCAACAUCAGACUCUGUGCCUUUAAUUGCCCAAUAUUUUGCCACCACCAUGGUUAUUGUUGGGCUAUCUGUGAUAGCCACAGUCUGGGUACUGCAGUACCAUUAUCACGACCCGGAUGGAGGCAAGAUGCCAAAAUGGACACGUGUGGUGCUGUUGAACUGGUGCGCGUGGUUCUUAAGGAUGAAGAGACCCGGAGAAGACAGGGUCCGCUCGGCCUGCCACAACAAACAGCCACGCAGCAGCCUGUCCAGCACGGAUCUAAACAUCAGCACUGGAGCGGCACAGUCCACUAACAGAAACCUGCUGUACAUCGGCUUCCGCGGAAUGGACACGAUUCACUACGCCUCUUCACCUGACUCAGGGGUCAUCUGCAGCCGACUCGUCGGCACAGGCGAGGAGGACAUGCUGCUCCCCGGGGCACAGGCGUCCUCUGUUAGCAGCGGUCCUGGAGACUCUGAACUGUCUAAAAUCUUGGAAGAGGUCCGGUACAUUGCCAAACGCUUCAGGGAUCAAGACGAGGAAGAGACUUUGUGUAACGAGUGGAAGUUUGCCGCAUCGGUUAUUGAUCGUCUGUGUCUCAUGGCAUUUUCCAUUUUCACUAUCCUCUGUACCAUUGGGAUCUUAAUGUCUGCACCUAACUUUGUAGAGGCCAUAUCUAAAGAUUUCUUUGCAUGAGGACGAUUUACACUAUGAAGUUUUUAUUUCAUAGUGCCUCUUAAAGGAAAAUUUUACUCAAAAAUAGAAGUUUUGUCCUUUUCCCACCCUAAGGGGUUUCCAAACCCCUCUUGAUAUGUUUGGAGGAAUUUUCAAAUUUUCAUGCAAUUCCAGUGAAUAGGGAUGAAGAAACAAAACAAUAACUAGUUAUUCAAUUGACAUUAGGUGACAGUACAUCUGUGUUAACUGUUCCUUUUAGUGUAACUGAUUUAAUGAGCAGAUAAUCACUCAUGGAAAUGUCACAUUAAAUUUGACGAAAAAGCAGAAGGAUGCAUAUUUUUUGAUGUAUGUGUUCCUAUCCCAGCUUAAUGUGCAAACACUUUCAUUUGCAGUGAUUUUCAUGGUGAUUCCCUCAAAACACUGUGGCCAUCAGUACAUCUCUUAGGCUGUCUUAAUUUAAUGUUCUCCACCAUCUCCACAUAUGAACAUUAACUAAAACAAUGGCUUCAGUUUGUCAGACUACAUCUUCGGGCACAGUUCCAUUUGUCAAUGUUUAUGGCUCAGAAAUCAAUCACACACCUAGGCUUUAAAAGAGGCUUCAGAAUAUCAGUUAUGAGCAUUGAUGUACUAGUAAUUCUAUGUAGUGUCGUUGUCAUCAUCAUCCUAUUUGAUAAAUGAUUGUGAAGCAGAUACAGGACAGUUUUCUUUAUAUAUUUUUUAAGUGCUAACAUUUAUUUACAAAGUUUUCUUAUUUACGUUACAAAAGGAACCUCAUACGCCAUUGAUUGUAUAAUGUUUGCAUUAUCAUAUCUUGCUUUUUGUUACUAUAGUCUGUCAUAAUAAAAUUACACGAUUUUGAUGCAUUAAUUUUAUGCAGAUUAAUUAAAUUAUGCAAAUUAGUUUAGUGUUAGCUUGAUAAUAUUGUGAAGGUGAU